CGAGCGCUUCAGCCAAUAAGCCAACCAUGGUCGUCUCUCUCGAUCUACCGCGCGCGAUCCUCACCGGCGGCGGCUCGGUGGGCCGCCUCGGCGGGCUGCUCGCCAACUUUGGCAUGCGGCGUCCGCUCGUCGUGGCAGACAGCUUCCUCGCGAGCCCGCAGAGCGGCGCGGUCGACAAGGUGGUCGCUGCGAUGUCGACGAGCGUGGCGGACUACGGUGUCUUCACCGACACCAUCAGCGAUCCAACGACCGAGAGCGUCGAGCGCUGCGUCGACGCGCUCGCCGCCGGCUCGUACGACUCGAUCGUCGCUCUGGGCGGUGGGUCGCCGAUGGACACGGCCAAGGCGGCGGCGGCGCUGCGGACGCACGGCGGGCGGAUGCGCGACUACAAGGCGCCGUUCACGCUCGACAGGCCCAGCCUGCCGAUCGUCGCCAUCCCCACCACUGCCGGCACGGGCAGCGAGGCGACCAAGUUCACAAUCAUCACCGACUCUGAGACGGAGGAGAAGAUGCUCUGCAUCGGGCGCGCCUACCUCCCGCUCGCCGCAAUCCUCGACCACGAGCUCACUCUCACCAAGCCGCUCAGACUCACCGCCGACACCGGCAUCGACGCGAUCUGCCACGCGAUGGAGGCGUACGUCUCUGCCAAGGCCAACCCCUUCUCCGACGGCGUCGCCGCCUCGGCGAUGAGGAGGCUCGGCGGUGCGCUUCACACCGCGUGCAGCUCUCCGGCCGACGGCGCGGCGCGGGAGGCGAUGCUGCUCGGCUCGUGCGAGGCGGGCAUCGCCUUCUCCAACUCGAGCGUCACGCUGAUCCACGGCAUGAGCAGGCCGCUCGGAGCCAGCUUCCACAUCCCGCACGGCAUGUGCAACGCGAUGCUGCUCCCGCGCGUCACCGCCUUCUCGGCCGGCGGCGCCGUCAAGCGGUACGCAGACGCCGCGAGGCUGAUGGGUCUCUGCGACGAGGGCGCCGCCGACAUCGACGCGGCGAUGGGCAUCCCGGACGCGCUGCAGCGGGUGACCAGUGACUUGCGCGUGCCCACGCUCGAGGGGUUUGGCAUUGACGAGGCUGUCUUCCGCAAGGCGGUGCCAUCGAUGGCGCAGGCCGCCCUCGCGUCCGGCUCGCCAAACAACAACCCGAUCGUGCCGACGGCGACCGAGGUGGAGGCGCUGUACCACGAGAUCUGGGAUGUGGGCGUGGGGCUCCGGGCGCGGGGGGAGGCGGCGGCGUGAGCUCGCGGGCUCACACUCCGCGCUUUUCUGUAAUUUAUGCACUCUGUAGAUCUCCCCCGGCUCCCACCCUGGCUUGGUUCGUGCGUCUCCAUGCCGGAACCAGGCUGUGUGGUCUUGUGUUCAGUUGCACUCGUUGCUCUGUCUCCAUCGUCGAAAAAAAGAAAAAUCGACCGUUGCG